AUGAGUGAUUCAACUAAUAAUAAUAAACAACAAUUGAUUGCAGACUGUGUUUUAUUGGCACUCAGAGAUGUGUUGUAUUUAGCACAAAGCCAGGGUUAUGAUCCUGAAAGUAAAUUUCUAAAAAUAUAUGUUAAAUAUGUAAAAGAAAUUAAUUCUGCUUAUAGUAAAAAUGGAAAAGCUGGAGCCAUUCCAAAAUAUUUCAUCCCAAAUGAGGAUGAGUAUAAUAAAAAGAUUACUAACUAUCCUAAUUACUAUAAAGAUGAACUUCUUGCUAGUCUUUUGAAACUUCUGGAACUUUUCCAUGAAAUAGCUUUAGUACCACCUCCAGCUCCAGUUAAAAAGGAAAAACGCAUUCCAACUAAAGAUGAAUUAGAUGAUUACAUAAAUGGAAUAUUUGGAAAAUAA